AUGGCGCAUAUGAUGUAUUCGCAGCAUCAUGCAACGAUGGCACCACCACAGAAGCCGGAAACUUUCAUGUUGAGCAGUGAAGCCCAGCAAUCUCUCCCACAAGACGCCCAGGUCGCACUGCAACAAGUCGACAACUUAAAAUACUUUUUAAUAUCUGCUCCCGUUGACUGGACACCGGAUCAGUACAUACGCCGAUUUCUUUUACCUACUGGCGAAUACGUUUCCUGCGUGUUAUGGAACAAUCUCUUUCACAUUUCCGGUACCGACAUUGUUCGCUGCCUUUCCUUCAGAUUUCAAGCCUUUGGACGACCAGUAAAGAACUCGAAGAAGUUUGAGGAGGGUAUCUUUUCCGAUUUGCGCAACCUCAAGUCUGGCACCGAUGCCUCCCUCGAAGAGCCAAAGAGUGGCUUCCUUGAUUUCCUCUACAAGAACAAUUGCAUCCGCACACAGAAGAAGCAGAAGGUUUUCUACUGGUACAGCGUACCACACGACAGACUCUUCCUCGAUGCACUCGAACGCGAUCUCAAGCGGGAGAAGAUGGGACAGGAGGCCACAACUGUUGCUGUCAAUGAACCAGCUCUCUCUUUUGAAUUCGAUUCUUCUCAAUCGCUCUUUGAGCAACUCACCAAAGCUCAACAAGCCAACUCGUCCUCCUUCUCCGCACAACAACCAUCAUACUCUCAAUCACAAUCACAAUCGACCUCCCCAGUCAUGCGAGCGAUCGAUUCCAUGCCACCUCCACAAAUGAUUCCCCAAGCCAUGGCUAUGCAAGAGGAGAUGAACCCAAUGGCUGCGUACCAACAAAUGGCAAUGGGUCAACAACACGUACCACAGCAGAUGGUCAAGAGAGAGGCAGAUUUCGGAAGAGUUCAAUACAACCAGAACGGUGUCCCAAUUUCUCAAACACACCAACGCCACGCUUCUAUGCCUGCAUACGGCCUUGAGUACUCUCCCGCUCCUUCGUUUGUCUCCUCGCACUACGAGGACUACAGCAACCGCGGAAUCUCCUUUGAGCCAAUCACACCGCCUCAGCAAGCUAUGGGAAUGGGAGCUGAGCCUGCCUACAUCGCAAACGAGGAGACUGGCCUUUACACUGCUAUUCCAGACCACAUGGGUGGCGUCAACGGUAUGCACGGAAUCAUGCAGCUGCCACCUUCAAACCUCUCUGGCCCACAAUUCUCCCAUGCCACUCGUGGAUAUGGUGCCAACAAUGUCUACUCCGUCAUUGAAGGAUCCCCAACCUACAAGCAGAGGAGGCGCCGUUCAUCAAUUCCUCCGGGAGUUGCUGCAAUGGUUGCCGCUUCGGCCGGCCAACAACAACAACCACAUACCGCCCAUCGACCAUCAGAUCUGAGACGAUCCGUUUCUACAUCUGUCGGACCUGUUGCUGAGGGUGAUGAGUCUGGAAACAACUCUCCACCGGGACUCAGCUACAGCAAUGGCAUGCACCAACUCGCUCAACAACACAAAGAUCUCAUCGACAUGUCAAGACACGGAACCCCCCUCUCCACUGUUGAAGAUAGUCCUGCCAUGAACCCGAUGGCUCUCCAACACAACGACUACGGUCAUCUGUCCAAUGAAGAGCUUUCAGGUGAAGGUUCAAUCCACAAUUCUCCCCAAAGAAGACAUAUGCAAGGACCAAAUGGUGUCGUCCGAAGAGCUCGGAGCGCCACCAUGAUGGAACUUGGCCCCUACCCUCAAAAGUCACACUCAUGCCCUAUUCCCACAUGCGGUCGCCUCUUCAAGCGUUUAGAGCAUCUCAAAAGACACGUGAGAACACAUACCCAAGAAAGACCCUACAUCUGCCCCCACUGUAAUAAGGCAUUCUCCCGAUCAGACAACCUAGCACAACAUCGUCGUACCCACGACCGCAGCGAUGGCUCUGAAGGCCCCUACGGCAGCUACUCUGGCGAAGAAGAAGAAUAUGAAGGCGAAGACCACCUCGGUUCCCUCGAGGAAGCCUCCCCCAACUCUGAGAACGGAUACCUCCCAACGAGCAUGAGCCAAGGCUUCGGUAGCAUGCACGCACAGAUGGGAAUGUCGAUGCCAAUGACCAAUUCCGGCAUGGCUGCUCCUAGUCAACUCAUCUCUCACCAGAUGAUGCAGCAACCGAUAUAA